GCCAUUGAAACUGAAAAAAAAAGUGAGUCGGCAUAGUCAUCCUUUGGUAGGUUAGUGCGACUCUUUUUCAAGCCUUUGUGAAACCGGAAGAAAACCCAUAAGAAAGAUAUUAUUUUUGACAGUAUUGGACCACAUUUUUCCAAGCAGCCAUAUUGGAAGAAAAAGUGCACGUGGCGCAAACGACAAGGAGUUGUUCCAAUCUUUACGAUGGAUUUAUUCCGAAUUAUUGUGAUCUGCUUCUGGGCUACAGUAUUAUAUGUUGAGGCCAACCAUAGGCACGGACAGUCAUUUUCCUUCAAUCAGCGAUCGAUACGUAACAUUGCACCAUCCCGAUCUGUAAACACGUUUUCUAGCAGACGACCACAAACAACUGCGACACGUCUGAGUACUCGAAAUUUACCUCAUAGCAGGGGGUCCAGCCAGUUUUUCCGCACACGUGAUGGACACCUACGUCUGAGACCAACCUCUACAUCGAGGACUUCCGGUGUGAGAUUUGGGAGGCUAAUAAAUUCUGGCUUCAGUUCACGAGGAAGUGCAUCUGCAUCUCGAGCAAUGAAUUCUGGGAUGCACCCACAACAAAGGCAUUCUUCUUCCUCUCAAUCCUCAGCCAGUAGAAUGGUAUCCAUUCCCAAGGAUUUACUGAUAAAUUUGUUACAAAAUGCUAGAAGGUUGAACAGAAAUUUCAACUCCAGAAGGGUGGAGCAGCACGUCACUCAACCAGUCACUCAGCCCUCUGUUAUUUUGUCUGUUUCUGCGAACAAUCUUGAAAAUAGCAUAUCCAACAACAUAGGAAGUCAGCUUCAGAAUCUUCUUCGUUGGAACCAAGCACAGCACGUAAUAGAAACGGCAACUCCACAAAGAAUCCCUAGCAUACCUUCAAGUAUUGCGUUCCAGCCAUUUGUUGAAGAGCCAUUCGGAAACGAUCCCCAGUACGUGUUAAUGCCAAGUAUGAGUCCCCCAGUGAUCUUUUCUCCUCCCCACCCAGCUCCAACGUAUCGACCCACCCAGUUUGACCUUGCCCUUCAAGCGCAUAUCCUAGAUGAACUUGGUCUUGAACACCUUAUAAAAGACAUGCCGGACGCAAGUGAGGUACAGCAGCCAAAACCUGAAAAGAAACCACAGAAGAGCAAAAAGACCAAAAUUGUCAUCAACACCAAGAAAAACAAAAAAGUUCAAAACAACCCUCCAAAUGUGCAAAAGAAACAACAGUCGAGUGGUAUUAACCAUCUUAUAGCACCAGUGGCCGCAGCAAGUGAUCUGGUGGCAUCAACGAUGAAGCCGAUCCGUAUUGUGUUAAAUAAUCACAUUCAGAGUGUGCAGACCCAGGCGGUAACCACGCCUGCGCCAGGGCCGAUAAGUGUCCACAAAAACCAAAAACUUAUUAUUACCCCUUCGGGGAAUUAUACCAUCCAAAAGGUUCCUCUAGGCAAUAGUGGAUUUCAGAUUGCAUAAAGUAUAACUUACUAGCGUCGAACAAAAUACUUCUUCUUUGUUUGGCAAAUAUCUGGUGCUGGUGGCAUACUCAAAGACAGUGUGCUGAGGCAGGGAUAUUGCAUUAAAUAUUUUCUAUGCCCAUUACUGAAAUAAAAAACCAUCCGAGUAAUCCGGUGUAUCGCAAGAAAAUGAAAGGACAGAGAACAAUUUCCCCGUUAUAUUUUUGCGUUCUCUUAGAGCACCAUUCACACACCAUUUUGAUUUCAAUGUGUUGCUCUGUUCGUAGUGAAUAUUUUUUGUUGUUUUAUCGUUGUAUUCACGAGGAGAGAUGAACCCGUAAAAGAAAUGAACUUGUAUACACUUGGUGACUAGAUAUAUGGAAGUGUGUGUUUGUGUUCUAUGUGUAUUCGUGUGAGUGUGUGUUUGUGUGUAUGUAAUGAGGAUGAAGAAAAUUUGGACGGACACUUGCACUACAGUGACCUCGAUGUGUGUACACCCGUCUGUGAGUGAACUAAGUCUUACAUAGAAGUUACAAUAGUGUAUCUCUUAAGGCUGUUCUCAUAUUGAGAAGGAAAAGAAAAACAAGCGACGAUUGACUAUGUGGGUUGAAUUUUGUUCAUGUUGUGUCUUCCUUCAUUUACCCUUUUUAGCAUUAUUUUUCAAAUAUAUUUAAAUGCACGAAAAGAGUAUGACUUUGCGAUCCAUGUAAAUCUAUGCAUAUCAAGACCCACGAUAACGAUUUGUUGUAAGAUAAUCUUUCAUAUUUCUGUUUCGUCUGUUUUCUAAGAAAUAUGUUUGUUGAUUGUUAUGAUGCGAGCCAAGUAACAAUAAAACAGAUUUAAAUGCAAAUAAAAAGUCUAACAAUAA